GGGAGCAAAAUCAAAGAAGCCUAAACUGCCACGUGUUCCUCUUUUUCGUUCUAAAUAAAAUGUAGAGUUAGAAAAAAAAAGAGAGAAUUUUACAUGAAUAUAAAAAAAUUGAUCCCACUCUAUAAAUACUACUCCCAUUCCUCGUUAUCCAAACACCCACUUUGCAAUUCGAAAACAAAAAAGUCUCAUAAAUUCUCAUGGCAGAUUUCACAUCAGACUCGCAAAACUUUAAACAAUCAUUUUCUUUCUUGGAUAUUGAUCCUACCAUGGAAUCACUUACCCAAUUUACUGAGCUAAACCAAAGUGUCGUAGACAAUUCAUCCUUGAAUUACCAAAGCUUCUUGCCUUUCUCCGGUGACAACUUCUUCAGUGGUCAAGCACCUGAAAUUCUACAAAACUGGGGAGAUAACUUGCCAGGUUUUAUCCAUCAUAGCAACCACAGUUCAGUAUCAGUCGCUCAGCCCAUUGUCACAGCCAGAACUGAAUUCCAUGAAAGCAAGAAAAGAAAAGCACUGGAUGUAUUAGAAAGUAGUUCUGGGAACUCAUCAUGUCCUCGGGUAUCUGAAAGUGGAAUCAAGAGAAGAAAUAAUUCAGGAAGAGGGAAAAGAACAAAAAGUAAUGAAAAAGAAGAGAAACCAAAAGAAGUGGUUCAUGUCAGAGCCAGACGAGGUCAAGCUACAGAUAGUCACAGUUUGGCAGAAAGGGUUAGGAGAGGGAAAAUAAAUGAGAGACUAAGAUGCUUGCAAGAUAUUGUCCCUGGAUGCUACAAGACAAUGGGUAUGGCUGUAAUGUUAGAUGAGAUAAUCAAUUAUGUCCAGUCCUUGCAGAAUCAGGUUGAGUUUCUUUCAAUGAAGCUGACGGCAGCAAGCACAUAUUAUGACUUCAACUCAGAGUCAGAUGCCAUGGAAAGAAUGCAGAGGGAAAAAGCAAAGGAGGCAAAAGAGUUGGAAAGAUUGAUGAGAGAAGGAUAUGUUGGAGGGCUAGCUUGCUUCCACUCAUCAUCAACAUGGUCCUCUUUGACUUACAACACAUGAUGAAGAUGCUCUAUUAUUCCAACACUUUCCAAGUUUAUAAAGUAUCAGAAAAAUGUACCCCACUACUUCAUGCUGUACCUAGCAUAAGUGAAAAAUUAUACUUGUAAUUUCUUUCCAGUCACAAAGCAUUAAUGGAAUUCUAUUCAAUAUUUACACAAGAAAUUAGAUUUCAAGUACAUUAAUUUGUUUCUUCUUAUGCUUUCUUCAUGUCUCUUUGGUCAUUUUUCUUUGAUUUAAGCUCACAAAGAUCAAUCAUGAGUACUGCUAAA